AAUAUUUUGAAUAGUUUUUUCUGUUUAAGUUUCGGGGCAUUUUAGUUUGAACUUCGUAAUGUGUGUUUCUACUGUCAAAUUUUUUCCAAACUUUUAUUUUUGUUUUCUAAAAUCAAUUUGCCUGCGGGCGCCAACACCUUCCUUCAAUUUUUUUUUUAUGAUUUUAACUCUAGCCAAAUUUUUUAAACAUUAACAAUCUGGUACCCUUUGAAUAAUUUUUUAAUGAACUAAAUAUUUUGAAUAGUUUUUUCUGUUUAAGAUUUUGGAGAUUUUAGUUUGAUGUUUGUAAUGUGUAAUCCAACAAUAUAAUUUAUAUACAUUUUUUUUUGUAUUCUUAAAUGCAUUUGCCGGCGGGCGCCAACACCUUCCUUCAAUUUUUUUUUAUAAUUUUAACUCUAGCCGAAUUUUUUAAACAUUUUUAGUACUGUAACUUUAGUUGAAUAUUUUGUAUUGACUUGAAAAUUGAUAAUUUGGUGCCCCAUGAAUAAUCAUUCUUUAAUGAACUAAAUAUUUUGAAUAGUUUUUUCUGUUUAAGUUUCGGGACAUUUUAGUUUGAACUUCGUAAUAAUUUUCAAAUUUUAUAGAAUUGAGGAAAAUUUGAAAAACCGGUACUGGUUCCGUUAAGGUAUAAUUAAAUUAAUCCAACUGUGAUAUUUAAAUUAAUGUUAAAGAUAUAUUUAAGGUAUUAGUGUUUCAAAACAGUCAGUACUCAUCACUUUAGUCACAAUGUGGUAAAUCCUAGUUUUUGCACUUUUCGGAACGUUAUUGACUUAGUGACAAAAUAGUGAUAAAAGUUGAAAGUAAGCAGUACUAAGCAGAUUUAAUAAGCAAAGUUAAUAACUUGAAUCAUAAUAUGAUGUUGCAGAUCAAAAUUAUAUUUUAAUACUACAUUAAAAACCGAACAGGAAUUUAACAAGUAAUAACUCAUAACGAGUAAGUAUAUAUAAUCAUUUUUGUUUUUGUAUUUUCACAAUUCCACAUUUAUUUGUUCUUAUACAGCGUUAGAAAUUUUUUCAGAAAUUAUUUUUUUAAUAUUUUGGGAAUUUUUUUCUGAUUGCCUGGUAGAUAUCUUUAAUGUUCUAUUGUCAAUCAAGGAUGAAAAAAAUAUAUAUAAAUUUCAUUAGGAGUUAUAUAGAAAAUAAGGCUGCGCUUUUUACAAUUGAUGGAUGUGGUCAGUCAUACUUUGACUGUGGCGUUAUUCCAGAAGUAUACGCAACUGUAGAUUUUGGAAUUUCAUCAAACGCUUCUCAAUGUUUUGACUUCAUGAGAAAGGUUCAAAAAGGAGGUCCACUAGUGAACUCAGAGUUCUAUCCCGGUUGGUUAACUCAUUGGCAAGAAUCAGUAUCUAUAGUCAACCCCAUCGAUGUUGUAAAACAAAUGAAAGUAAUGUUGGCAAUUAAUGCUUCGUUUAAAAUUUUCGGUACAAAUUUCGGAUUCACAUCGGGAGCGAAUACAAAUGACACCAAAGAAAGUAUUGGAUACUUACCACAGUUGACCUCAUACGAUUAUAAUGCUCCAUUGGAUGAAGCUGUAGACCCUACAGAAAAGUAUUUCAAUAUUAAACAGACACUUGAAGAAGCCAAAUAUGCUGUGACAAACGAGAUAUCACCAAAUCCCGCACCCAAAGGUGCCUAUGGAAAAUUCUAUUUAAGACCUUUGGUUAGCAUAUUUGAAAAGGUUGCUCAACGUAUUAAACCAGUGAUCAGUGAUGUUCCUUUACCGUUUGAGGACUUAGAUAUUAACACUGGUUUUGUAAUGUAUGAAACAACAUUAACAGAUGAUCAAAAAAAUGUUGAAAAUCCAGUAAACCUAACUGUGAACACGGUUAGAGAUCGAGCAAUCAUUUACCUGGAUCAAGUAGAGUUACAUUGCAGUUAUAGUUUUAGAAACAUGAGUGUUCAAAUUUUUUUUUGGGUACAAGUGGGUACUAUGAAUCGGUUGAAAGCUAAUACUACAAUAAGCUUAAACAUUAACCGUACUGUUCAAAACCUAAGCAUUUUAAUUGAGAAUCAGGGAAGGAUGAAUUUUGGAGACUUAAUUGAAGAUAGGAAGGGAAUUUUUGAUCAAGUGAUUCUCGGAAAUAAAAUAUUAAGCCCUUGGAAAAUGACUGCAUAUCCUUUGAAUGGUACAUUAUGGAUUUCUUCAAUCAAAUCAGUUGAAAACGUCAACAGUGUUAAAUUACCAGCAUUUUAUAAAACACAGUUUACAUUAACAGUUAACUAUACAAAAUGUUUAGACACUUAUUUGGACACUUCAGGCUGGACAAAGGGUGUAGUGUUUUUAAACAAUGUAAACCUUGGUCGGUAUUGGCCACUUGGUGGACCUCAAGUUACACUUUAUGUGCCAGCUCCUUUUUUAAAACCAUCACCUUAUGCCAAUACACUAGUGAUAUUAGAACUUGAAGGUACAUCUCAAGAUUUGUCCGUGAAAUUUGUGGAUAAACCUGUUCUUGAUGGUCCUAUAAUGACAUAGAUAAAAUGUAUGUUAUAUAAUUGAUUAAGAAAAAUAUAUUAAAAUU